UCCGCCUCCAUCCGGGGCCUGCGCUGCCCUGGGAGCCCCGGGCGGGCGCAGGCUGUGGCCGCCCGCUGUGCUGCGUUGGUGGUGGGGAAGUCGGGGGCUGUGCCCGGGGUUCAGCCCCACGUGGAGAAAUGAUCUCCAGUCCAUGGUUGGAGUGGCUGGGUCUGAGGAGUGCAUAAUGCUGCUGAGCUAGAAAGCUUGUGGCUUCCCUGUCUCUGCGCUGGUCACAUGGAACCGCUCAUGCUUUGGAAAGUGGAAUUGAAAUGGUCUCCAGUCCGUGGUUGGAGUGGCUGGGUCUGAGGAGUGCACAAUGCUGCUGAGCUAGAAAGCUUGUGGCUUCCCUGUCUCUGUGCUGGUCACAUGGAAGUGCUCAUGCUAUGGAAAGUGGAAUUAUUAGUACUGUAGCUCCAUCAGCAGCUAUUGACCAGCGUCCUCGUCGGCAAGAUCACUGCGAGGUGUUUGGGUAGGUUGAGGUUGUUUGUGGCAAAUGGCGAAAGAGUUAAAAAUGCAAAUUGAAAACCUUCCUGAUAUCCAACAAUCAGUGCCAGAAAAUGCCCCUGAAUGUGAUGCAGAGAUGGUCCCAGAGGCGCAACCUGCUGCUAAGAAAAGCAGAACGUGGAAGGAAGAAAAUUGAAAAUUUCAGGUGCAGUGGGAAACAUGGUUUCUUGUGUUUCUGAAGCCAUCCAGUUCCGUUUCUGAGCAAGUUGCAGUGUGUGCUGUUUGUAAGAAAGAUUAAAAUGUACGCGAUGCAACGUCACUAUAACGCUCAUGCAGGGGAAGUUGAACAGAAUUAUCAUGGUGAGUUUCAGAGGCGCAAGCUGUUAAAUGAUGCAAAAACCGAGCUCGAAAGACAACAGUGACGGCCCAGAGAUUUUCUGAAGAAAGUAGAUCAGAUAGACGUGGCUACUUUCAAAGUGGCACUACUUUUGGGGCAAGCAAGGAAAUCUUUCGACAACGGAGAACUCGUGAAGAAAAUUGUUCUGGCCGUUCAACCAGAAAAUCCGCUUUUCAGAGAGCUACCACUGAGCAACGACAUGUUACAGAGAAGCACAAGAGAUCUAGUGAACUUUCUACAAAACGAAAUAGCUGCGAAAGUCUCAGUGAGCCCUUUCUACAGCCUGUGCUUGGUUGAGACCCCUGACGUCGUGAAGAAUCCAAAGAUAAUCGUAUGCGUUCACUUUUUUGACUGUGCUCGCUGUUUUACCGAAGGCGUUUUAUGUCAGGUGAGCCUCACUGAUAGGCCAACUGGCAAACAGGUUUUUCAGUGUGUUCAGGGGAGAAUGCAGGAGUGCUGGGUUAGAUUCGACAAUCUGUGUGGCUUGGCAGCUGACGUGGCAGCAGUUAUGCAAGGUGCUCAAGCAGAGGUGUUGAACUACUUCCAAGAAAGCUGCCCUCAGAAACUUUUUCUGUUUCCCUGGUUUGCCCACCAAGAAGUGCUUGCCAGCAAGGCUUCAGUGGAAAGUAUGGAUGAGGUUGAAUCCGUAGUGGAAAAGUGUAUCAGUGCUGUGAACGUCAGCCGUGUCCAUAAAGAGAGAUUCGCAACGCUGUGUGAAACAGACUCUGAGACGCACAAGGUGCUGCUGAAUUACAGCCUGGUCCAUUGGCUUAGUUUGAAUGGCAGUGUACAGUGGCUGUUUGAGCUCCGGGGAGAGCUCAUUGAGGUUUUGAACACAGUUUCGCCGCAACUGUCCCAAAAGCAUCCAGGAGUACAUGGUUGUUUGCUCUUUUUGAAGGAGUUUUUACCAAAGCUUGCUUCCUUGAACCUGGAGCUUCAGGUACCUCAGCUAACAAUAUUUGACCGCAUUGAAGUAAUUCAUACAUUCCGAAUGACCGUCACUGACAUCAUCCAGCAGCUACAAGAGAAACGGGACUCUUCUGUUUUUCUGAGCUUAGUGGGUUUCUCAGCUGUCAGGAUGAGAGCAUGCAGCAAAAGGUCGGCUUAGCUAUAACCAAAUACCUGCAUAUCAUCUUGGAAGAUCUUGAAAAUUGUUUCAGCGAGGGAAACUUUUUCCAUCAAUACACUUUUGUGACAGACCCAUUCAGCAAUUCCCGUUUGGGGUUUUUGGCUGCAGACAAACUAACGGCCUUGCAAGACAGAUUAGCUUCCUUUGCCUCUUUGGAUUUAAGGAAUCUCCAGCAUCUCAUGGUGCACAUGCGUAAUAAUGCAAGAAUGAAAACCUACUUCAGUCAGCCCGGUGUUACAGUGCAGCAGUUCUGGAUCAAAGUGUACCUGUCUGAGGAUGCCUACAAGCCUCAAGCUAAAGUUGCUUUGCUUUUCUUGUCCCUGUUUUCAAGUACUGUGCUGUGUGAGAGGGCAUUUAGUGCACUCCAUUGUCUGAAGAGCAAGUACCAAAACGGCCUCACUGAUGCUAAUCUGGAAGCUUCCCUUCUAGUUUAACAGGAGACCCGAGAUCCUGCAGACUUUCCAUUCCAAGAGCCCCUGAACUUUUGCAGGUAGUCUGAUCCACACAAUGGCUGUAUUAAUGAAAUUAAAGUUCUGGGGUUUAUCACCCUAUAUUGGUAAAGCAUAAUAUAACAGGAUCAUUUGUUACUAUGAUUAGUGCUAGAUUGAGUUGCUUUUUUGGGGGGCGGCAGUCCGUGAAAGAGAAAUUUUGGACACACUUGCAGAUUUUUUUUCAUUAUUAUCUGGUCGUUUAUUAUGUAAAAGCAUUUUUAAAUGUGGUUCCAAAUUGUUGUACCAACAUCCACCUUUUACCAAAAAAGCACAGUCCCAACAACAAAAAAGAAAAGAACGCCCCAAGCACCUUAUCAGUGGUCUAUUGUGUUCAGCUCCAGUAAAGGAUAGAGGCAGCUCUGCAUUAUUUUUAUUAUUGAGUCUGAAGAAGGAGGGGAAAAAACCGCUCUUAAAUAAAUGUACAAUGACUGGGA